UGUUGUUCAUCUGAGAAUGACUGUUCGGGUCUGCCCGAAGUAGUGUUUGUUAUUGUGAAAAUUAUUUUAUCAGUUGCGUAAGAAUAAUGAUGAUCAUUCCAAAUGAUGCGACCCCAGCCUGUGAAACGCCAAAGAUGUAGAUCUUCUAGGCGAUAUUGUGAGGAAAAAUUGUGUUGCCCAGAACUCCACUCAGAAGCAGUGUAUUAUUGCCAGGAUUGUAAGUCAGCCCAGUGUCAGGAGUGUGAAAAGGACAUUCACUCGAGGAAAUUUGCUUUCGAUUUUCACGAUAGACGCAUUAUUGAACCGCCGUCGCCUAUUCAGCUUUGCCAGGCAGACAAAGUUGGUAUUAAAUGUACAAACAGAAACUAUGGUGAUGUUUGGUGUGAAAACUGUUCAAUUUCUUUUUGCUACGACUGCUACUCGGAGUACCACAACACCCAGAAAAAUCGUAAGUUGCAUACCAACAUUUCUCUUGCCCACCACGAAAGAAGGGAACGCGAGAAAUACGUCUUACCUUGUUCUUCGCAAGGAGUAACAAAUAUUAAGCCGACUUCUCCAUUAAGUUGUUUUGAUGACACGUUGACCUACUAUUCAUUUCCUCAAGCAGCGCAGGCGGCGGUUCUGGAACCAGUCGGCGAAAUGUCUUUCUCUAGCGCUCAUUCAGAUAACAGUAACCAAAGUAUGCCAGAUCUUCUUGGACCUGACCAUGUAGAUCAGCUAGCCAGAGAUCUCAGCGAUGCUUGUUUGGAUGAAGACAUUAACGAUGAAUCCAGCCCCAGGAGGCUUGUACCUGGGGUCUGCAGCUUUCUGCUCAUGAAUGAAACUGAGCGAAUACAGGUCCAAGAUGAAUCAGAGUUUUUUGAGAGGUUAGGCUGCCAGAAGGAAGCACAAGUGAAAGUGGUAUCUAUAUUUGGCAACACAGGAGAUGGGAAAUCACAUACUCUAAAUCAUACAUUUUUCAAUGGACAGGAAGUUUUUAAGACCUCUUCUUGCCAGGAUUCUUGUACAAUUGGAGUAUGGGUUGCAUUUGACAGUCAGAACAAUGUCAUUGUUGUUGACACCGAAGGUCUUCUAGGCUCCUCAGACAAUGACAACAGACGCACACGAUUGCUACUAAAAGUUCUAGCCACUUCUGAUGUGGUAGUAUUUCGUACAAGGGCAGAGAGACUCCAUGGAGACAUGUUUGUCUUCUUGAGCAAUGCUUCCAAGGCUUACAAAAAACAUUUUUCACAAGAACUGCAUGCUGCCUCACAGCGUUUCAGAAUCAAGGAGUCAAACUUGGGACCCAUCCUGAUUGUUUUUCAAGAGACUACACACACAGAACCAUUGCGGGGAGAGAAAAACAGAAGGGCUGAUGCCGUCCUGCGAGAUUUGUUUGCCAAAAAGAACUACCCAGUGGAUGCUUUCACAGAUCUUUGCUACAUAGGUACAAAGACAGUGACACCUCCUACAGACUUCAGCAUCUUUCGCAAAUUUCUUUUGACCAAACUUCGUGAUAAUUCUGUUCGAGCUGCUCGAAGUCCUGCUGUUAUGUUUCAGUCAUUAAAGGCUUUAAAUGAAAAGUUCAGUGGUGAGAUAGAGACAAUACAGCUGAAUACUUUUCCUGAAAAAUAUUUCACCUGCACUGCAUUGUGCAUUUCAUGUCGAUCUAAGUGCACUCGAACCAUGAACCAUGACACAGAGCGUGAACCCCAUGAUGCUGGCCGGGAUGUCCAAUGCCAGUUUCACAAUCAGCUUGGUAACAGGGUCAGUUUCUGCAAGAAAUGUGCAAUGAAUGGAAGGAAAAACUAUGUAGUGCCCAAGACAUCGGCAUCAGCAGACAGCAGCUGGAUUGCGCUAACCAGAUACGUCUGGUCAGGCUAUGUGCUUGAGUGCACAACAUGUGGUGUCAUAUAUCGCAGUCGAGAGCACUGGUUUGGCAAUCAGGAACCAGAAUCUGUAGUGCAGUUUGAAGUGAGACAUGUGUGGCCACAGGGUAACCGUGAGCUGCAGGGUACCCACAAUGCAGGAAGGAAAGUUCUAGACAGCUUGCAUUACAUGGCUGAUACCAUUGGCAGCCUGAGUGCUGGACCUACAAAAGUUCUGGCUGAGUGGACUGCUGACCGCAUAGCUCCAGCUUACUGGAUACCAAACUUCCAGAUAACUCAUUGUAGGAAUUGUGAACUGGUGUUCACUACCAAUGAACAAAAGCAUCACUGCCGAGCAUGUGGACAUGGCUUCUGUGAUGAAUGUUCUUCUAAAAAAAAACCAGUGCCAGAGCGUGGUUGGGGACAGGAUCCAGUGCGCGUGUGUGAUGAAUGCUUUGCAGGUAACCUUGCAGAGCAAGAAACAAGACCAGUGGAAGAACCAGUGACAGCCAGAAAAGUAGGAGAAGUUGUCAGCUCUACUUUUGGUGUCUUGGCAUCUGCUUUAGAUUAUCCACUGGGUGUACUGAAGGAUUCAGCUCGACCAGCAUACUGGGUGCCUGAUGAUCAGAUCUCAUCUUGUGUAAUUUGUGAGAAGGAGUUUGGUCCCAAACUGGCUAUUCAUCACUGCCGUUCUUGUGGACAAGGUGUUUGUGACGAAUGUUCACAGGGCAGACGAGCAGUGCCAAUGCGCGGCUGGGAUUAUCCGGUGCGAGUGUGUAGCAGAUGUGAGAAGAAGGAAGAAUUGUGAAAUCAGAUACUAUUAUGGCCAAUCUAGCCAAGAGUAAGUUGUAGUACUGCUCUUAAGUGAUUUUGGAAAAAUAAUAUUUCUUUCCAUCUUUUGUAUGUUGCACAAAAUCGCAUCAUUGUCUUGAUCCUUGAUUCAUGGAUAUUUAAAUACUUGAUGACCAGUGUCCACUCUAGUGGUAUGUAAUAAGCAUCUUAUAAUUCUGAGAUUUAUCCACCAGUGAUGGAGAGGUGGAUUCAGAUGCAAAGGUAAAUUGUUCUGUGCUAAAGACAUACAAAAGAAUAUUUUAUUGGUGGUUUUGGGACCAAAUAAGGAAAAGGUCUUGAUGUCAUCAGAGAAACAGGAUUAACUCUUUCCAUCAUCCCUAAAGGAGCCAUAUCAAUAACAGCAAAGUUGACUGCAAAAAUGGGCUUUUAGCUUUCUACCACUGAAAGCUUUCAGUUAAAGGUUCCACUGGGUCCAAAUGGAAGUUGUCCAACAUCAGUUAAAGGUUUGACUGGGCCCAAUGUCAGCUAUAACUUGAGAGAUGUCCAAAUCAAUCCAAGAAUCACAUGACAUUAUUACAGUUUUCAGCAGAAAGACCCAACAAGCAGUUUAUGAAAUAUACUUUUUAAAAACCCUAUAUUCAGAAAAAGUUAAUCAUGUUAAUCAUGAUUAAGCAUAUUUCAGUAAAUCCUUCAGGUCUGCAAUUUGGACACUGUCAGUGUUGUGCACAAAUUGGUAAAGGUUAUAAUGACUUGUGCUGAAAAUUGCUAUGUAAAUGCAUUUGACAAGUUUGCUUGGUUUAGCAUCUGUGAAAACUUGUUAGUAAAAUGCCGUUUUCCAUUGAGUACCAAGCUUUUGGGGUAGAGCAUUUUUAGUACCCAUGUUGCACAGAAGUGAAGUGGGCUCUGUUGUUGAGCAGACAAAUAAAAACAACAAAAUAGAAACCCUUAGACUUGGGUUAAGGAAGAUUUAAACACAAGAAAGUAAAAUAACUGUACAUCCUUGACCUAUAGUAUUUGUAUUUAACUUUAAAAUAUUUAGUCACAGAAUGUCUGUCUUUGGACGUGUCAUACACAGAUUUGGGCCAGUAAUAAUAGCAAUAAUAACAUAAUAGAAUUUAUAAACCACAUUUCCCCAUACAGAGGCAAGCUCAAAGCACUUUACAAGAGAAUAACAGCAAUAGACAUUAUAAUAAUGGAUGACUUCAAAAUAUGUUGAUGUUUAAGAACUAGAAUUUUUCUCCUUAUUUAAAAAGACAUCCCUGUGAAAAAAGCGGAAAAGGAAGGAUUUUUGGUAUUUAUAGUGGUGGUGGUAAUAUUCCUGAUGGUUAUAACAUUUUAUUUCUCUGUUGCAAUUUAGUUAUGCUUCAUUGGUGAGGGUUUUUCUUUGCAGCCACAGAACAGAAUAAGAUAUGUAAUUUUUCACAAGUCCUUAUGAUUCUAAUGUGAAAAAGUGCAGUGAACCUAUCAGCAGUAUUACGCAGGCAUGCUGAGCCCAGAGUAUCCUUGAAAAUAGCUUGGAUGGGAUUUAUUUUAGUUUAGUUUAUUCCCUGUUGCUUCUUUGAGGAACAUAGGGCUGCAACAACCCCUCACCAGCGGACCCGGUUUUGGGCAGCCCCCUUUAGUUGGGCCCAUGUGGUUCCGAUGUCAGGGAUUUCUUUUACGUGUAUAUAUGUGUGUACAGAGUUAAGACACACCUUCAUUUAUUUCUUUGGAGUACAAUAGGUAGGAAAAGCCAUUAUUUGACAAAAAGUCAAAUGCCAGCAACAUCGGUAUUGACAUUAUGGUAGCAUCUACUCUCAGCAAGGAGAAUGUAGAUAAAUGUGUACAAAGUGCAGAGUUCUUUCAUAUUUAUGAUUAUUGCAUCUACAGGCAAAUAAAUUGUCGUUUCAAAGCAUAGAUCCUUUAGUUUCUUGCAACAUUAAAAUGAUUUGAAGUUGGGUUGUGGGUUGAGGAUGAGGUCAAUAGCCUCAUCAUAAAUUUGUCCAAGAAGGGAUGCACACAAUUUUAUGCUUAUGUACAUGCGUGAUGAACAGCAGCAUCAGUGGGUGGCAAAAUGCACAAUCACUAUUUAGCUACGGAAGGGGCUGGUUAAAUUGACAAAUUUUCCAAUGUAUGUUUGCAUAUUGAUAUUUAUACAUAAGUAUAUUGAAGUCUGUGCAAUGUCUUAAAGAUUAUCUCCAAGGACUGUAAGGGGAGGCUAUGCUGAGAGUGGAGUUCUAAUGGGUUGUUGGUUUUUCUCAUUUGUGACAACCUGUUUCUGAAAGCAUGACUUUCGGUUUCUAUUAAGAAUUUCCAAUCUUAUCAUUUCUUUACCAGUUCACUGAUAAGCCUCGUUGUCCUUGUCAAAUUUAUUUCCAAGAAGGAUCUGCACUUCUUUUCUUUGCUGUCUCUGUGCUCUUGAAUUUAGUGCUCAUAUGCCCCUAUUUCCUUUUUAUUCUAUUUUCUUUCUAUUAGCUGGGCUGAUUCAUUACAUUAAUUACAUUGCACUUGUUAGAAUUUUUCAUUAUUUUAAUCAUCUUUUGUCAUCCCUCUCUCCUCAGCCCUGAUUGGCCAUAUAUGUUGUCUGCCUAUCCAAGUCUUGAUGAUUUUAACAUCUGCCCAUACCUCACAGAUCUUUGUAGGAGACAAUUAAGUUCCUGAAGAUGUGGACUCACAAUAAAAAUAUAACAAAUCUAUAUGCAUAAACACUCGAGUAUAAAUCAUAUCUAUUCAUCAUCGGUUUGUACCUGCUUUCCCUUUAGAGUUCUGGGUUCAGCACAAGUUCAUGAGUUUGAUGUAUUUCCUUUGAUAUAUUUUGGCUUCUGCACCUACUGAUCAUGUUCUAUACUCACUGCUGUUCUACCCGUAAAUAACUCUUGGAGGUAAACAGCUACAUGAUGUGCAAAAUUGUUGUUUAUUUAUUGGGUGUGAUUGAUUUGAUUUUUUUUAACAGAUAUAUUUUCAAGAUGGUCUUAAACUGAUAUCCAGAGAGUUGUUCAGUGCUUACCUACUAUCACUACUGUUGUCAAGUAAUUCAAAUGUUAGCUAUACACAUAAAGCCUUGUUGCAACAGUGGUGAGAAUAUAAUAUUCCACUGAUUUCUCGUUACUCCGGUUGGUGCAUAUUGACUAAGUCAAUUGACUUAUUAGAGCAUACAUCAGACAUUGAUACAAGUUGCAGAUUUUUAGAAAAAAAGAUAUGAUAAAUUGAAGGAAUUUCUCUUUGUGAUCUGUUGGUAACAAAUUUUUUUUUUUUACAUCCAUUCAGAUGGUUGAGUUGCAAUGUGCAUUUAUAUUAUUUUAUAUUCAACGUUAGUCUUACACUGUGUAGACAAAUCUAGUUUUAUAUUACUAUAAUCCCUUAGCCCACCCCACUCUUGUUGUUAGAUAUAUGAUAAAUUUGGAUAUAUGAUAAGCAUUACCUUCAGGUACCUGCAAAAUCUGUUUUAAACAGUGAAUGGAACAUUCUUUACUGACUACAUAUUAUAGUAUUUGAGCCUUGAUUUAACAAAACAUCCCAUUGUUUACAGUAGAAAUUAUUAAUGUUCAUUAAUAUUUUAAAAUUUAACAAAUAAUUUAUUAAUAUUUUGAGCUUGGUGAUGCCUGCCCUUUAGAGUUUGUGUUUCACAAUUGGGUUUUUUUUGUUUGUUUCUGUAGGGCAAUAAUGAAUAUCUGGUUUCUAAAAUCACUCAAGGAUAAUUGUGAGACAGUGCCUAUUUUAGUAAAUUUACAAAUUUAGUCAGUAUGUAUUUGAGUACUAUGCACAAGACAUUUAUUAUAAUUUCUGUGAAGUUCAGUUCUGUUUCUAUGUAGUUCUGUAACAUGCUUUUUUGUGAACUUAUUGAGAUCAAGGAUUGAAAUAUGGUUAGCCAAGGAAAUGAUUUUUUGGCAUAGAUUACAUUGAAAUGUUUGCAGUGAUGUACAGUUUGGACUAUCAUUGAUAACAAGAGCAAUAAAAGAUAAACUGAAUUUCAGGGGAGGUAAUUUUAUUUGUGUGGGACAUAUAGUACUAGAAAAUAUGUUGAAAUGUAUCAGAGUUUUGUAUUAUCUUUGCCCAGUGGCAUUCCACAGUUUGUGAUAUUUUCUCCCAAAUUCUGAUCAAGAACCUUUUAAAGUAGCUGUGUGCAGAAUAAGUCAAGUUUCAUUCCUGUGAAAUUUAUUGGAAAAAGAAAUAAAAGUGAUAGUCACAAAUCUCCG